AUGCCUAGGAGGGCGGGCAGCGGGCCGCUGCCGCUACCCCGGGGCUGGGAGGAGGCCAGGGACUACGACGGCAAGGUCUUCUUCAUCGACCACAACACGCGCCGGACCAGCUGGAUCGACCCCCGGGACAGGCUGACGAAGCCCCUGUCGUUCGCGGACUGUGUCGGGGAUGAGCUGCCGUGGGGCUGGGAAGCGGGGUUCGACCCCCAGAUCGGCGUCUACUACAUCGACCACGUCCACAAGACCACGCAGAUCGAAGACCCCAGGAAGCAAUGGCGGGGGGAGCAGGAGAAGAUGCUCAAGGACUACCUCUCGGUGGCGCGGGACGCGCUGCGCACGCAGAAGGAGCUGUACCACGUGAAGGAGCAGCGGCUGGCCCUGGCCCUGGACGAGUACGUGCGGCUGAACGACGCCUACAAGGAGAAGUCGAGCUCCCACACGAGCUUGUUCUCCGGGUCCUCGUCCAGCACCAAGUACGACCCCGACAUUCUGAAAGCGGAGAUCUCCACCACGCGGCUGAGGGUUAAGAAGCUGAAGCGGGAGCUCUCGCAGAUGAAGCAGGAGCUGCUGUACAAGGAGCAAGGCUUCGAGACGCUGCAGCAAAUUGAUAAGAAGAUGUCAGGAGGCCAGAGCGGCUAUGAGCUCAGCGAGGCCAAGGCCAUUCUCACGGAGCUGAAGUCCAUCCGGAAGGCGAUCAGCUCAGGGGAGAAGGAGAAGCAGGACCUGAUGCAGAGCCUGGCCAAGCUGCAGGAGCGGUUCCACCUGGACCAGAGCAUCGGCAGGUCGGAGCCCGACCUGAGGGCCAGUCCCGCCAGCUCUCACCUCUCCCUCUCCAGACAGACCCUGGACGCCGGGUCCCAGACCAGCAUCUCCGGGGAGAUCGGAGCGAGAAGCAGGUCGAAUCUGGCCGAGAAGGUCAGGCUGAGUCUGCAGUACGAAGAAGCCAAAAGAAGCAUGGCCAACCUGAAGAUCGAGCUGUCGAAGCUGGACAGCGAGGCCUGGCCGGGGGCGCUGGACGUGGAGAAGGAGAAGCUGAUGCUGAUCCACGAGAAGGAGGAGCUGCUGAAGGAGCUGCAGUUCGUCACCCCGCAGAAGCGCUCCCGGGACGAGCUGGGGCGCCUGGAGGCCGACCGGCAGCGGCUGGAGGCCGAGCUGCUGGCCGUGCGCGGCGCGCCCAGCCGGGCGCUGGCCGAGAGAUUGAAACUGGAGGAGCGCAGGAAGGAGCUGCUCCAGAAGCUCGAAGAAACGACCAAACUGACCACUUACCUGCACUCAGAGCUGAAAAGCCUCUCCGCCAGCACCCUGUCCAUGUCCUCCGGGAGCAGCCUGGGCUCGCUGGCCUCCAGCCGGGGCUCCCUGAACACCUCCAGUCGGGGCUCGCUCACCUCGCUCAGCUCCGGCGAGCUCUACUACGGCGGCCCGGGCGAGCCGCUGGACGCCGACUACCAGUACAGGCUGGACUUCCUGCUGCAGGAGAAGGGCGGCUACGUGCCCGCCGGGCCCAUCACCACCAUCCACGAGAACGAAGUGGCCAAGUCGCCCGGCCAGGGCGGCCCCGGCGGGCAGGCCGCCCCGGGCCCCGCGCCCCCGCCGGCCGAGGCCCCCAAGUCCGUGACGUCCCUGUCCUCCCGGUCCUCGCUGUCCUCCCUGUCCCCUCCCGGCUCCCCGCUGGUGCUGGACGGCGCCUUCCCCACGUCGCCCCCCGACGCCCCCCUGCACCGCUUCGCCGCCGACUUCGAGGACGGCGACCUGAGCGGCCGCUUGGCGGACAUGGGCCUCGGCGACGGCCAGGCGCUGCUGGACGCCGAGGCGGGGGCGGGCCCGGCCCCGGGGGAGGACCGGGACCCGCGGGAAGGCGCCCGGGAGCGGUUCGACGAGGCCAUCGCAGACGCGGAAAAGCCGCCCGCGAGGAGGAGGGGCGCGCCCCUGCUCGGGGAGAGGACGGCCUGCGUGUCGGCGGCCGUGUCUGAUGAGUCGGUGGCGGGAGACAGUGGCGUCUACGACGCCUUCGUGAAACAGCCCAGUGACGUGGGAGACGCUGCCUACGGUGAAGAGGAUGCUGGCGUCGUCAUGGAGACGGCGCAGGUGCAGAUCGGGCUCAGAUACGACGGGAAAAGGGCCAGCUUCCUGGUGAUGAUCGCUCAGCUCCGGAAUCUGCACGCCUUCCUGAUACCUCAUACUUCCAAAGUGUACUUCAGGGUCGCCCUGCUGCCCUCCUCCGCGGACGUCAGCUGCCUGUUCCGGACGAAGGUGCGCCCGGCCGCGGAGCCCCUGGUGUUCGGCGACGUGUUCCGCGUGGCCAUCGCACAGGCGGCCCUGCAGCAGAAGACGCUGCGGGUGGACCUGUGCUGCGCCCGCGCGCACCGCUCGGAGGAGUGCCUGGCCGGGACUCAGAUCAGUCUGGCCGAUUUGCCGUUUUCCAGUGAGGUCUUCACCCUGUGGUAUAACCUGCUGCCUUCUAAGCAAAUGCCUUCCAAAGCGAACGAGGAAGAACAUGAGGAUUCGGUGUUCCAGCCGAGCCAGCCACCGGUGGAGCCCAUAGACCUGGACGCAGUGUCGGCCUUACUCGCAAGAACGUCGGCGGAGCUGCUGGCCGUGGAGCAGGAAUUGGCACAGGAAGACGAAGAGCCGGGGCCAGGCGCAGAGCAGAGGGGUCCGGAUGGAGACUGGCUGGCGAUGCUGAGGGAGGCCUCUGACGAAGUGGUGGCUGAGGAAGAGGCGGACGUGGCCUUGCCAGGGGGCAGCAGGUGUAUGGAAGACCUAAGCUCAUGCCCGGGUAUGCCCGCGACUGCUGGAGGCACGAGGAGGGGAGAGAGCAGCUGUGCCAACGGCCCUGGCAGCCAGCCCCCUCCGGGAAUGCCCACCCUGGUCGACAAGGAGACAAACACAGAGGAGGCCGAGGAGGCGGGCCUGGCGGUUCGGCCCAAAGAGCGCAGCGGACUGAGCACGCGGCAGCGCCCCCUGGUGCGGAGCAGCGUGAUCGUGCGCUCGCAGACCUUCUCGCCCGGGGAGCGCAGCCAGUACAUCUGCCGGUUAAAUCGGAGUGACAGCGACAGCUCAACCCUGGCUAAAAAGUCUCUGUUUGUGAGAAACUCCACUGAGCGGCGCAGUUUGAGGGUCAAAAGGGCGAUGUGCCAGCCCGCGCUCCGGAGGGCGGCCCAGGAGUGCCCGGUGCGCACGUCCCUGGACCUGGAGCUGGACCUGCAGGCCUCGCUCACGCGCCAGAGCCGCCUCAACGACGAGCUGCAGGCGCUGCGGGACCUGCGGCAGCGGCUGGAGGAGCUGAAGGCCCAGGGCCAGACGGACCUGCCGCCGGGCGUGCUGGAGGACGACCGCUUCCAGCGGCUGCUGCGCGAGGCGGAGAAGCAGGCCGAGCAGUCCAAGGAGGAGCAGAAGCAAGACCUGAACGCGGAGAAGCUGCUGAGGCAGGCCUCCAAGGACGUGUGCCGGCUGCGGGAGCAGAGCCGCAAGGUGCCGCGGCAGGUGCAGUCCUUCAGGGAGAAGAUCGCCUACUUCACCCGAGCCAGGAUCAGCAUCCCGGCGCUGCCGGCCGACGACGUGUGA